CCAAAGACUGAGACAUGGCUUGGGAUGAAUCUGAUCAAGGCGCGAUUAUGUGAUAUAUGUGGUGAUGUCGGUUUCUGGGAUGACCUUGCAGUUUGCUAUCAAUGCAAUGGGUCUACUGAACAUAUAUAUUGCAUGCGUGUGCAACUCAAUAGUCUUCCAAAAGACUGGGUUUGUGAAGAAUGUUGCUCAAAACCUGAACCACCUUUUAAAAGAAACACAGUUGUUAAGCAAUGCCCUUCAAAUUCUCUUCAAAAAGAUGGCGAUGGGCAUGACAGCGCUAAAUUUUCAAGCCAAGGAAGGAUAAGUUCAUCCAAGGAUGCAACACCGGAAAGCUAUUCGAGUAAGAAAAAGGGGGUUCGUCUUAUGCCAGAUGAUAAGAAACUGAAAACUCCAGUCAAAAAGAAUCUCUCUCUAAAUAUUAAUGAUAUUCAACAACCUGCGAUGAUUAAUCUUCAGAAGGAGGGAACUAUCCCACCUAAGGUUUCUCCUAAUCUAAAGUUAACAGGAAGCUCUUUGUCCAAGAGUUCGAAGGUAAAAUUCAUCCCAUUGCCGGAAGUUGCUAGUCACCCUACGAGGAUGCGGUCUACGGCCAAAGUGAUUUCUAGAGAGAAAAAGUUUGGCUCGUCAAUCCCCCAAAGCCCUGCUGUGAAUAAAGGGCCUUCUAUCUUGACAAGCCCCUCCACUCUAGAUUGUCAAAGUCCGUUGAAUGUUGACGGUCCAAGAAAAUUACUGCAGAAGGGGAUUCCAUGCAUGAAUUCUCGAUUACCCAUUCGUCCAAAGCCUGAUGAAGCGCCAUUUCUUCUCUCUUAUAAGAAACCUUUAAGAAAUCACAGGACAGUUGCAGUUAAAAGUUGCCCACCAUCUCAGAGUAAGAGAGGAAGUAUUAUGAAGAAAUUAGAUCCUUCUGUAUCUGCAAAAUCUGAUCACCAACUGAGAACAGGAUCCAAACGCGUGACGUUCGAACCAGGGGUUGCCAAUCAUUCUAGAGAGAGAACAGGUGUUAAUUGUUUAAGAACUGACAAAACAUCAGUUAGCGUUCCCGUGCAAUCCACUCCACAGUUGGAAGCUAGGAGAUCAGACGUGAGAUUGAAGCUUGGUUUGCCUAGUAAUGAAGAAAUUAAUCGAAAAGUGGAUCCGGAUCCAGGAGAUGAGGCUGCUACCCAAAACCCUGUAAGAGUUGAGGAGUCCGUGCUGGAAAGUGAAUACUUUUCGGGAGGGACUGUACUGGUACCACCAAUUAAAAGGACUUCGGUUUUAAAAGAUGGUGGUUUUUUCCCUGAGACUCAAUUCAAGGAAGCGGCUCACGGUGAAAUGGUUAUUCUGCCAUCAUAUGUACCUAAAAUUCCAGAGGAGACAUCCCGAAAUUUUCCUGUUCGAAAUGCUCUUUGGAAGGGAAGCUUCAAUAUCUCGUGUGCCUCAUUCUUGCAUAUCUGUAAAGGAAUACAAGCUCAUCCUUCUAAAGAAGUGGCUUCUAAAGCUUAUGAAUUCUCAAAGACCUUGCCGUACCAUGUGCCUUUUAAAUUGGUUUCUCGUGAUAAUGUGUGGCCAAAGUCUUUUAUAGAAACCCCUCCAACUGACAGAGACAUUGCACUUUAUUUCUUCCCUGGGGAAUUUGAUAGAACGGAGUAUGUUUAUCUUUUGGAGUACAUUGUGGGCCAAGAUUUAGCAAUGAGCUACUGCACGAAUGGUGCAGAGUUGCUAGUGUUUUCAUCUAAACAGUUGCCCCUGGAUUGCCAAAACUUGAGCAUGCAUAUGUACUUAUGGGGACUAUAUAGACCCAUUAAAGUGGAAAAGACUGCAUCAAACCACGAUGAUACUCGUCGUUCUAUUUAUUCAGCGAAAGGGCCCUGCAGUGCUUCUGGUUCUAUGACAGAGAUUGUGGAGAUGGAAAUUGACAUGGAAAGGGGUGUAGAGCUUGGGAGUAUUGAUAUAGUUGUGCCAAAACCUACCAUUCGGGCAAGUGGGUUCAAAUCCAGUGAGAGUGGGAGGGCUCAUUGGCACAAUAUGAAAGCUGAGAUGCCACUUGAGCUCGAUAGGACACCAAAGUUCUCUGCAUUAUCUUUCUGGAAACAGAAGGAAAACAUGAAUAUCACUCACUCUGAACAAGCUUGCAGGUUCGCUGAACUAGUAAUGACCCAGAAGAUACAAAAGACCUUGACAGAUGAGGACCCUGACUUACCUCCUGGAUUUUCUGAACCAAUUAUGGCAAAACCUAAUAAACAGAGUGUUGCAAAUGAAGCUGAGAAGAACCUGAGAUGGAGGUCUCCGAGGGUUUCAAUGUUCUCUGAUUGUCCUAAUUUGCUUGAAAAGAGGCCUGAAUUACCCAUCCCAGUUCCUGAUUUUCCAGAAAAGGAUCCACCCAUUUCAGUUUCUGUUUUGCAGGAAAAGACCAUGGAGGAUUUAUCACAGGUCUUAAAUCACAGUCCUGUUCAUAAACUCUCGGAGGAAAAUGAAGGGAAGGAAAAUGGUUAUAAAAAUUCAGUGAGAGAAAGUUACCAGGGCCUUUCGGAGAACAAUUGCAGACUUGAUGCCACUCAACUGCUCCCACUUUUUCCUGAGGCAGUUGAGGAGCACACUCCAAAAGUGGAUAUCCGUAAAUUGGACUUUGAUCUUGAAUUGGGUAUCGGCCGAAAGCCUCCCAAGAUGCUUGAAAUAAACUGGGAGCCUCCUGAUUUGAGCCUUUUUCCAAAUCAAAAUGGGAGUGAAGAGAGUGAGGACAUUUAUUAUCAGGUGAGGAGAGAGGAGAGAGAGAGUGCUGAUGUCCUUAACAGUAACAGAAAGGAAAGAGAGGGGAUCCAUUUCCUUGGCAGCAAAAAUCCGGAGGGGAGAGAUGAGAGGGAAAGAGUUGCUCCUUUUCGUAUUAACAGAAGGGAGGGCUGUAAGAACAGCAGCUUGUACUUCAGACUUUGACAUGAAGCAGGCUUUGUGAGGCUGUUUGUAUAAAGGGGUGGGUCAUGAAGCAAUCUUGGUGGAGCUGUUUGUAUAAUGGGGGGUGUCGAUAUGGAAGUGGAAGUCGCUUGCUAUUCUUUUGUUAUCAGUUUUGUAUAUAGGAAGGUUCAGUUGUCGAGAGAGAGAGAGGGAUCUUGAAUAUUUCUACAAAUGGGAUGAUACACCGUUGCGUUUUUUUGGCCA